UUAGUAUAGCACAGUUCUGUUGAAUAAUCACUUUUGAAAACAUUAAUAAUUUAUUUGAAAUAAUUGUAAUUGCUGGCCUAUUGCUGCAUUAUAAGAGAAAUAAAGCACUGCCCCAUUGGUGAUUAUUUUCCUAUAAAAGCAAGCCUCGUUGUGUUUUAUUCCUUACAUGACAUGACAGUUUGAUGUUCACAAACUGAUACAGUAGCUUCCGGUUUUGAUGAAAUGAGCAGCAGGACGCAGAUGAUGUUCGGAUGAAGGUAGUGUAUGGCUGUACUGAGCUCCUCGGUGGUGGUUUGUCAGGAGGUAAUCCAGCAGGGGGCGGUAAACACAACCACCGAGUCUACGCUACAGACAGAGAAAGCGGAAGUAAGCGAAGAAGAAGACGAAGGCGUACAAUUUGCACGAGAAAUGGAUAAUAAAAUUCCUUAUGAUGACUAUCAGCUGCCAGUUGUGUUUCUACCCUCCUAUGAAAAUCCUCCUGCAUGGAUUCCUCCUCAAGAUAGGAUAAAUCACCCUGAUUAUAACAAUGAGCUUACCCAGUUUCUGCCACGCACGAUAAUCCUAAAGAAGCCUCCUGGAGCACAGCUGGGCUUCAAUAUCCGAGGUGGAAAAGCUUCCCAGCUUGGUAUUUUUAUCUCAAAGGUGGUGCCGGAUUCUGAUGCUCACAGGGCAGGACUUCAGGAGGGAGAUCAAGUGCUAUCAGUUAAUGAAGUGGACUUUCAGGAUAUAGAACACUCCAAGGCUGUGGAUAUUUUGAAGACGGCCAGGGAGAUUGUGAUGAGGGUGCGCUAUUUCCCUUACAAUUACCAGAGACAAAAGGAGAGGACAGUGCACUAGGUGGCAGAGCAAUGCUGAAGAUUGACUGAGUGGAUUACUGAGCCACUGGUGAACAUGCAAAGCACCAAUCACGUCCCAGCUGCUUUUUUUGACUAAUGCUGCAUUCAUCGUUCAUGUCCUAUCAGAGAUAUAAAAAUAUUAGAAUAUAUACCCUGGGAAAUCCACAAGAAUUUAUCCAACCUUUGUUUUGCCAACCUUUCUUUGAGGGUCUUCACAUAGACACUACCUCACAUCUCCUUGUAGUGCAAAUAUAUUGUUUCGGUUACUAUCCCAUGCAACUAAGAAACUAUAUUUGAUACAGGAAAGAACAACAGCAUAAGGAUGCACUGGAUGUGAUUUAUGGCACUGUCUGAAACAACUAAUACAACUACACUAUAUGGCCAAUAGUUUGUGGACAUCUGACCAUCACAACCUUAUGUGGGCUUUCCCCAAACUGUUGCCACAAAGUUUGAAGCACAUGAUUGCUUCAGCUCUCUGUAUAUGCUUUAGCAUUAUUAAAUAAAUUCUCCUCACUGGAUCUAAGGGACCUAGUCCAAACUUUUUCCAGCAUGACAGUGCCCCUGUGCACAAGGUGAGGUCCAUAAAGACAUGGCUUGCCAAGGUUGAUGUGUAAAAUCUGGAGGGGCCUGCACAGAACCCUGACCUCUACUCCACUGAACACCUUUGUCAACACCAAUCCUUCUCGCUCAACGUCAGUGCCUAACUUCACUAAUUCUCUGGUGCCUGAAUGGUAGCUGACACAAAUCCUGAGAGCCAUAAUGUUGUGGAAAGCCUUUAAAACAGCAAAUAGCUAAUCAAGUCUACAGUAUAUUACUGCCUAUGGUGUUUGAAUGAGAUAAUCAGCAAGCGUAUAGGGGUCCAGUUGUCAGGUUUUCAGAUAUUUUUGGCCUUAUAGUGUAAUUGUAUUAUACAGUCCCCUUUGAAAGUAUUGGAAUGGCAAGGCCAAUUCUUUUGUUUUUUGCUAUAUAUUGAAGACAUUUGGGUUUGAGAUCAAAAGAAAAUCUGAGACGAUGGAUCAGAAUUCCAGCAUUCAUUUCCUGACAGUUACAUCUAGAUGUGUUAAACAACUUACGACAUGGCACAUUUUGGUGGCAGACCACACAAUAGCAAAAGUAUUGGAACAGAUAGUCUUAAAGUAAAUAACACUCAACAUUUGGUUGCAUAUCCCUUGCUUGCAAUAACUGCAUCAAGGCAGCAACCCACUGACAUCACCAAAGUGUUGCAUUCUUCUUUUCCAGGCUUGUAGCAUAGCUACUUUCAGUUGUCGUUUGUUUUGGGAGGAUUCUCCCUUUAGUCUCCUCUUCAGGAGGUGAAAUGCAUGCUCAGUUGUGUUAAGGUCAGGUAAUUUACUUGGUCAGUCUAAAACCUUCCACUUUUUUCUCCUGAUGAAGUCCUUUGUUGUGUUGCCAGUGUGUUUUGGGUCAUUGAUAAAGUUCCUCACAAUUAGAGUGGAUGUAUUUCUCUGUAAAUUUGCAGACAGAAUGUUUCUGUCGACUUCUGAAUUAAUUCUGCUGCUACCAUCAUGUGUUGGUCAUAACAUUAUCAAUAAAGAUUAGUGAAAUUGUUCCAGAAGUAGCUAUGCAAGCCAAAGCCAUGACACAAUGCUUUGCUGAUGAGCUUGUGUGCUUGGGAUCAUGAGCAGAUCCUUUCAUUCUCCACACUUUGGCCUUUCCAUAACUUUGGUAGAGGUUAAUCUUUGUUCCAGAAACUUUGUGGCUCAUCUCUGUAUUUGUUUGUCAAUUGCAGUCUGGCUUUGUUACUGCUGAUGAGUGGUUUGCAUCUGGUUGUAUGGCCUCUUGACAUCUUCAAAUGGUGGAUUCUGAUAAAUUCACCCUGUAGAGGUUGUUGUUGUUGCCACUGACUGUUGUUUUGGGGGUUUUCUUCAAAGCUCUCACAUUAUUUCAGUCAUCAACUUCUGUUUUUUUUUUUGUUUUUUUUUGCCCAUCCUGUUCGAUGCUGGUUGUGAGUACACCAGUGAGUUCUUUCUUUUUCAAGAUAUUCCAAAUUGUUGUAUUGGCUAUGCCCAAUGCUUGUGCAAUGGCUCUGAUCGAUUUUUCCCUCUUUUCUCAGCUUCCAAAAUGGCUUGCUUUUCUCUCAUAGACAGCACACUGGUCUUCAUGUUGGUUUAUCAUUUUUAACAACAAAUGCAGUCUUUACAGGCAAAACCCAGCCCUCGGUACAAAGGAAGUUCAGAGCUAUUAAUAGUUUAAACAAGCAAUCUGAGGGCUUACCUGGGCAACAAGAAACACCUGUCAGUCAGUCAGGGUUCAAACAAAAGGUGUCAUGUUCUAAGUUUUUUUUUAACACAUCUAGAUGUAAAUAUCUGGAAAUUAAAUCUGAAAUUCUGAUCUAUCAUGUUAAUGUUCAUCUUUUGAUCUCAAAACCAAAUGUCUUCAAUGUAUAGCAAAAAAAAAGAAUGGGCCUUAUUGUUCCAAUACUUUUGGAGGGGAGUGUAUUUCUUAACCUAAAACAGAUCUGUCAGACUCCAGUCUGGGAGGCCCACAACCCUCUAGAGUUUAGCAUUCUCUUUAGCCAUUAAUCAGCUAAUUACCAAGGCUGUCAUGGGCUCAAUUUCUGUUAGAAAAGGAAACACAAAUUUCUGUAGGGCUGUUGCAUCACAGACACAUGAGGAUGUAAACGCCCAUGCUUUCAAAUGUAUUAUAUCCCUUUGUCAAGCAAGAUAUAGGCCUUUGUGGAAAUGUACAUUUGGCUACAUUCUGGUAUGAAACUAUAUAGAUGUACCAAAUGUAAUAUAACAUAGCAAUAUGUCUGUUAAAUAAUGUAAUGUAGCUGUAUGUUUAAAAACUGUCAUGUCCACCAGAUAUUUGGCAAACCAUUUGGGCAGAAAUUCAAUCCCUUUAUGUGCAGUUAAGAAUCUCUAUGGUAGGAACAUUCCAUGACCUAGUCAGUUUCUUUCAGUAGCACCACAGCAGGUUAGCCUACAUUUUUCUGUAAUGAGUUAGUAGCAUUACUACACUCAAGUCCAAAAAUAACGUUAUAAAGCAAUAAAACUACUACUAUUAAUAAUAAUAAUAAUAAUAAUAAUAAUUUUACAGCAUUUUUCAUUUUAUGUCCAAAUAAGUGUUUUUACAUUUAGAAGAUUAAAAGGUAUUUAUGAUAAUGAAUCAUAAUCAGUCAUAAAUAAAUGAACUACAAAUCUCUUAGAAUUACUACAGAUCAUGAAACACUAUUACAGAUGAAUAGGGGAUCAUCUGUCUAUCCCCAUCUAUCAUCCAGGAGAUCAAAUCCUACACAGGCUACCUCAAGGAUCUCGCACAACUAACAGUAGGCCUGCUUCAGUGGACAGAAUGGGCUGUACUGGUUCAAGAGGUCAGCAAGAUAUGCUAGAGCUAAAAUAUUUAGCGAUUUAAAUGUAAUAAGCAGAACUUUGUAGAUAAUGUCUAACAUGAUAGACAGCACGUCAUUUUAAUAAGACUAGAGUACUAAUGUGUUUCUUUUCUUGGUAAUCAUGUGGGCUGCCUCUUCCAGAGCUAACUUAAGUUUAAUUAGAGACAGCAAGCAGCAACUUGUUACAAGUGUCCAAUCUAAAGAUUAUUAAAGCAUGUACUACUUUUUUGAGCAUUGUAUAGGGUUAGCAUACAGACAUGGCAGUGUCUUUAGGGUGCUUUUAAAUGUUAGUCUUGUUGCAGAAUCUGAAUCAGAGAGAAAUUUUAUACCUUUGAUUUGUUUGUUUUUGUUUUCUCACUACAUGUAAUUAAACAAAUCAAAAAGCAAAUAAAAUACUCUCUGAGAGGCAUGUACAGCUGAAAAUUCACACCUAAAACUCCUUUGUUCAUUGAUCAGAAAUACAGCAACUGAAAAAGUUAACAAAGCUUUAGCAAGUGUGCAUAAAUAUCAUAAAAAUCACCUGAGCACAGAGAACAUUGAGUUGGCCCUCAAUAAAUUGCUAGAUAAUUAUAUACAUACACUUGAGGCCAAACGUUUACUUCCAUCUAGGCUAACAAUAUUUAAGCUCAAUUCCACACAUAUGUUGCCAUACAUUUCCUGUGUUAAAUCAAUUAGGUUAUCUACUUUAGUUCCAUAAUACGUCAUUUCUAAACAAUAGCUAAGGGAUGGAUUUGUUUCAGCUUUUAUUUGCUACAUCAGAUUUUCAGUGGGUCAAAAAAAAAAAAUGUUUUCAGAUGUUUUUCCCAUUCCUCCUGAAAGAAUUGGUGUAACUCAUUGGGGUUUGUGGCCCUCUUUGCUCAGACACACUUUCAGUUCAGUCCACAAAUUUUCUAUGGGAUUCAGGUGAGGGAUUUGUGAUUGCCCUGUAAUAUUUUAACUUUGUUGACUUUAACCUAUUUUGUUACAACCAUGGAGGUAUGCUUAGGUUUGUACAGAUGGUUCUGGUACCUUCAGUUGUUUGGAAACUGCUCCUAAGGAGGAACCGGACUUUCCUGUUCCUGACUCUAAAAGUAGGCUCUUGAAUACAGCCACAGGUGUACUCCCAAUUAACUCUUAAUUAUGCCACUGGCCAAUCAGAAGCUUUUAAGUCAUUACAUCUUUCUACAAUUUCUGGAAUCUACCAGACUGUUUAGAGACUGUAAAAUUGGUGUAUCAUUUGACCCACUGAUAUUGAGAUAUAAUGAGUUAAAGCUGACAUAAAUCUGUCUCUAAUCAAUUGUUUUAGAAUUACCUUUGAUGUGAGUAAGUAGAUACCCUAAUUGACGUGCCAAAAGAGUCCUCGCUAACUCCCUUAACAUGAAAUGUGUGGAAUUGUGAAAAACUCAGAUUGAUAGUUUUUUGCCUAGGUGUAUGUUAACAUUUAGCCUCAACUGUAACUAGUUUAAAACAUUUUUGUGUAGCAUCCACCAAUUAUUUUCAUUUUUUGUAUGCUGGUACAAAUAUCUAGAAUACAUGGCAUUUCUGCAGCACUGCACCCAUGUUUAAUGGAUCAAGUUGUGCCUCAUGGCUGUUUACCAGCUCAUGUCUAGAGACAAAUGCCCCUCACAACCCAAAACAGCAUGGGUUGAUUCAUGGUCAAAUCGCUUUCUCACUGCAAUUAAACUGUGGUCAAAUUUGUUAGGAAUUGGGCCAAUCCCACUUUGCUCAGAUGAUCUUGGACCAGUCAAUGUGACCCGCACCUGAGUGUGACGGCUCUCUUCUCACCUGCUUAAAUGACAUGCACCAGGGUUCAGUUCAAAUGGACUAAACACUGCAUAUGUGAAAGAAUCAUAGUCUUCCAAAUUACAUAGCUCCUUAAUCUGGCUGAAGCGAUUUAGUAUAAUUCUAUGCCUCGACAUAGAAAUUAAGGCCAACAUUGUUUGUGAAUUGUGUUUCCAAGGGACUGUAUAUGAAAGGAGAAGAAUAGGGACCUAAAAGAGAACAAUGUGGAACACCAUAUUGUUCUGUCUUAAGCUCUGAACAAUAUCCAUUGAUACUAGUAGACUGGUAAGAGCAUGUCUAUCUAAACUAAUUAGAUUUUGCCUGUCCAUCAAAAUAUUUUGGUCAGUAGUGUCAAAUGCUGCACCAACAGUACCAAAAUAAAAACAUUUCUACAAACAGUGGCUCAGUGACCAUUUUAGUCAGUUCUGUACUAUGAUGCCUUAAUUGCAACUAGACUGAAAUAUAUAAUGCUUAAUAUUGAUGAAUGAUAUAGGCUGUUAGUGGUGUGAGUUCAUGCUUUGUACAUAGUGAGGAUUUAAUACCAAAGUUUGUAUACAUCUGAAAUUCAAAACCGAUAAAAUGGUGAUUUAAUAUAUAGCUUGUUACCGCAAAAUGUAAUAUUUUGGCUAUAAUUUGAUCAAUGGGUUUACAUGCACUUAGAUUAUCUGUUCAUGACAACAAUAGGGCUCCAUGUGUCAGGUAAUAAUCAGAUUUCAUAUUGUAGCAUUGCUACAACAAAAGCUAUUGAUUUACUUUCCAGUAGUGACAAGGCUAUGCAUUUGUAGUAGCUGUGUUGUGGCCCUGUGGGACCAGAGUUUGACACUCCUGAACUAGGUGAUGGAUGCAAUAAGUUUUAUGUACACUAUUGUUUGAGAUUUUUAUAUAUAUAU